UAGAAAGAAGCGUUUUCGUAGUGGUGUCCUCCGGACCCGUCUCAGGAUAAGGAUACUUUGAAAAAGUUGACCUUUUUAUGUAUUAUGGACUUUACUAAAUUAAUAUCCAUUGCGGCCCAAAAACAGCAACAUGCUGAAAAACAGCUUCCAUCCACAAAGAUGUAUUCCACUGAGUUGCCUGCACCACAGAAAAGGAAAAAGGAAGAAAAGGAAAAAUCUGAAGUCUUAAAAAAAUUAUUAAAGGAAAAAGAAGCAGAGAAAAGAAGAAAAGAUCUUGAGAGACAGAAACGGAAAGAAGCAGAAAGAAAACUGCGUGAGGAGGAAGAGAAAAGUAAAAGAUUUAGAAUACCCAAAGUUUCUAGGUCAUCAGAUUCCAGUGCACCAAGCUCAAGUGACAAUUGCCAAAGUAAAUCUGAGAGUAAAUCUAGCCAGAAGCCAUCUUCUGGAGUUUCCAAGAAUACCUCAUCUGGUGAUAAAAAAUGUCACAUAAAACCUGAAAGUAGCAAAUCAACAGAGAAAGUGAUGAAUCACAGUAACUCUACAAAGUCAGAUUCUUCACAUAAAUCUUUAAAGGAGUCAAGGGAGAAACAUAAAGAUACUUCUAGUCAUAAAGACCAUCCACACAAAGUGUCAGACUCAAAUAAGAAAUCGCACAGUUCUUCAUCAUCAAAAGACAAACCAAGUUCUAAAGAUAAAGUAAGUUCAAAAGAUUGUUCAAGGGAAAAAUCUACUUCAAAAGACAAUUCAAAGGAAAAAUCUAGUUCAAAAGACAGUUCAAAGGAAAAAUCUAGUUCAAAAGACAGUUCAAAGGAAAAAUCUAGUUCAAAAGACAGUUCUCGAGAUAAAACUCAUAAAGAAUCAAACUCCAAAGACAAAACACAGAAAGUUUCAUCUUCAAAAGAAAGUUCAGAAAACGGUAAGUCAGUUAAUUCAGUUGUUAGAGAAAGUGAACACAUUCCGGAGUUCAGUAAUCGUGAACAGGAAGCCACUAGAUGGACUAGUAAACUGUCAACAGAGGAACAGCUUCGUAUCAGAGUGGAGUUUGAACGUAAAAAAGCUAGGUUAAAGGAGUCACUUAAUAAACAAAAAGACGAAAGGAUACGCAUUUCAGAAGGGAAACAGCCGGUGUUUUCUAAAGUUCCUCCAGAUGAGGCCAAAAAGAAAGCCAAAGCAGAAGCUGAGGCUGAGAGAAGACAAAAGAAAAUUGAAGAACGACGUCUGAAGAAUGAACAGGAGAUAGAACGAAUAAUGCAAGCAGAUGAGAAGACUGAUAAAUCCAAUCAGAAAUCUUUAAAACAUUCCACAGAAAAGGGAGAUAAAUCUAACGGAAAAAUGGCCAAACACCGGCCUCUAAAUCUGAACAAAAAUAAAGCACCACCAAAAAUGAAUUUCCAGGAUAUCCUCAAACUUGCUCAAGCAAAAGCUCAAGAUCCUGUGGCAGCAGUUGUGCCAAAGAAAGCUGAACCAGUGAAAGAGCACCGUCCAAUGACACAGGAAGAAAAGGACAGACAGGAACGGAAACAUUCAAAGGAGUACAAGGAUUGGUACAAAUACGGUAACGCAAAGCCUGUGGCUGGACAUAGUGCUCCUGAGCAGAGGAGACCAGAUUCAUUCCAUCCAUCUAAAAGUGAACAAACAGAAAGGAAAACAGACUCACCAAAACGUAGUGAUUCAACUAAGAAUGAUAGAGCUACGUCAUCAGGGAAGAAACCCGGUCUGUCAGUGGCAGUGGAUCGGAAACUUGGUAUAAAUAAAACUUUAACAAAUGACAGAGUAAAACAAAAUGGCCAUCUACAAAAGUCUUCACCAUCUGUCAAUAAUCCAGCUCAUAUUAAAAACAGGGCUUCUCUGGAAAUUUCCAAAAAAAGACAAUCUUCAGACAUGUUCUCGGAGAAGGAUGCUCUUAACUUUGCCAAAAAACGGCAUUCUCUAGAUACAUUAAAAUCAUCUCAGGUAAAAUCUAAUCAUGUUACAGGUGCCAAGUCAAAUAAUUUGAACAAGAGUGUAGGCUCAAGGAGUGAAAAACAGGAUUUAAAAUCUAACCGUGUUCCUGGUGCUAAGUCAAAUAAUUUGAACAAGAGUGUAGGUUCUAGGAGUGACAAACAGAAUUCAAGUUCUGGUGAUCUUUCGAAAAAGAGGAAACUAGAAAUGCCAUCUGGUGGGAGAAAUCCACACAGUGAACAUAAAAAACCAAAGACAAGUGAAAGUCGCUAUGAUAUUACCAAUGAGAAUGUAUUGGUGUGUGGACCAUCCAGUAGUAAGUCAAAACGAGAAAGGUCACCUCCGCCGAAACCGGCAUCCUCUAACCCAUGGGAUAGGAUUUAUAAUCAAAUGAAGAAAGACAACCCCAAACCAGUGAAGAAGAAAAAACAAGUAAUAGAAGAUGAUUCUGAUGAUCUUGAUGAGGAUUUGGAUGGAUUUAUCGAUAAUGAUGACGACUUCAUCGACGACGACAUGGACAUGGACUAUUCCAAGCACAUCAGGGAGAUCUUCGGCUAUGAUAAAUCCAAGUAUCGCUAUGAGAGUGAUUACGAAAUAAGUAAUAUGGAGUCAAACUUCAGAGAACAAAUGAAAGAAGAAGCCAGAAGUGCCAGACUUGGUUUACAAGAAGAUUUAGAGGACAUACGGAAGGAAGAAGAGGAACUCAAACGCAAAGCACUCGCCAAAAAGAAAAAAGGAAAGAGUCGAUAGUAACCAUUCAACAGAGAGUAGUCUACUGGGCUUUUCUUAUGCAGAACUUUUUAUUUAUUUUUUUUAAU